CUCGACUCGAUCAACCAGACCACGGCACAAGCUCAGACACUUCCUAGUCUACAAUCAAACCAACCUCGUACAGCCAUGGGACUCAUUGAACACCUCGGAGGCAAGACCGGCGUCAUUGUCGGCGAUGACGUCCUCAAGACAUUCGAGUACGCUCGCGAGCACAAGUUUGCCAUCCCCGCCAUCAAUGUCACUUCCUCCUCUACUGUCGUUGCUGCCCUCGAAGCUGCACGCGAUGCAAAGUCUGCCAUCAUCCUGCAGGUCUCGCAGGGUGGUGCUGCCUACUUUGCCGGUAAGGGAGUCGACAACAAGGACCAAAAGGCAUCCAUUGCCGGUGCUGUGGCUGCUGCACACUACGUCCGUCAAUUGGCACCUGCCUAUGGCAUCCCCGUCAUUAUGCACUCCGACCACUGUGCCAAGAAGCUGCUUCCAUGGCUCGAUGGCAUGAUCGAUGCCGAUGAAGCCUACUUCAAGCAGACUGGCGAGCCCCUCUUCUCCUCCCACAUGAUUGACUUGUCUGAGGAGUCCAAGGAGGACAACAUUGCCGCUACCAAGAAGUACCUCGAGCGUGUGACACCCAUGAAGCAGUGGCUCGAGAUGGAGAUCGGUAUCACUGGUGGUGAAGAGGAUGGUGUCAACAAUGAAGAUGUCGACAACAACGCCUUGUACACACAACCCGAGGACAUUUGGGAGAUUUACCAGGCACUCUCGUCUGUGUCCCCAUACUUCUCCAUUGCCGCUGGCUUUGGCAACGUUCACGGCGUCUACAAGCCCGGUAACGUCAAGCUCCGACCUGAACUGCUCGGCAAGCACAACGACUUUGUUGCUCAGCAACUCAAGCAGUCUGCCGGUAGCAAGCCCGUCUUCUUUGUCUUCCACGGUGGAUCUGGCUCAGAUGUGUCUGACUUUAGGACUGCCAUUGACAAUGCCGUUGUCAAGGUCAAUGUGGACACUGACUGUCAAUUUGCCUACACCAUUGGUAUUCGUGACUACAUGCUCAAGAAGAAGGACUACCUCAUGACGCAGGUCGGUAACCCAGACUCUCCCGACAAGCCAAACAAGUCACACUACGACCCUCGAAAGUGGGUGCGUGAAGGUGAGGUGACAAUGAGCAAGCGCGUGACGGUGGCUCUUGAAGACUUCCGUGCCGCUGGUACGCUUUAAUUGAUUAC